GGUGAGGGCUGGUUCAGAGGGACGAAAGAGUUAAUCAGGGGGAGGGCGCCCGCACAGGGGCGUUUAGUAUAAAACCACCUCAAGAGCGCACAACAAGAACAGCGUGUGUCUCAGUAACCCGUAGUUUGAUAUGGUUUGACUUGUUUCCUCCAGGAGGACUCGACGCACGCCAGCCAGCCCCAGCCCGAGUCUUCAUUUCUGUGCGUCCAGAGCAAUGGAUGAAUGCCGCUUUUGACUAAACUCCGGAGAGAAGUCUUAACAAGGACUAAGUGUAUAUAGAUUUUUUUUCCUUUCCUAUAACUACCUGCACUUUUUCUCCAAAGCCGGGGAACGCAGAAUGCGGACGCGACAAGAAAAGCGGACGAAGUGGAUUUGAAGAAAAGUGUAGCAUGAGGCAGAGAAUGUGGCGGGGACAGCGCGGGGCCAACGGGGCUGCAAGUUUCCUGAGCUUGGAGGAGAUCUGACGAGGGCGCAGCGGAGAGCGGAAAGCGUUAAUGCUGCACGCUGGAUCAGCCCUCUUCACUGUACUGUAUCCAGCGGGCGCACCAGCGUUUCAUGCUUGGCUUGCAAUCAAACUUUUAAUGAACAAUCAGUAGAAGUGUACAUUUAGGGAGAUAUCACUGUUUAUAAAAAAACAAAAACAAAAAACAACAACAGCACAGGGAUCCAAACUAAAGCACAUCACUUUCCCCAGAUCAUCUGUCCGCCCCCCUUCCGAUCCGUUUCCCUUCCUUUUUUUUUUUUUUUUUUUUUUGCAAUUCUGAUUCCCGAAGUGGCUCCGAAGUGGUGUUGCGGCUCCUCGUCCCCGGCGGAUCCGGAGAUCGGAGUCUCUGCAACGGGAGGAGGCGGGAUCGGAGCUCCGGCCACACCGCAGGCUCCGAAGAGCGGUCGCGUCAAAAGGAUGGUGCGACUGGCGGCGGAACUGCUGCUGCUCCUGGGACUUCUCCUCCUCACUCUGCACAUCACGGUGCUGCGGGGCAACCCGCUGCCGCAGGGGAAUGUAACUGUGAGCCUGGAUCAGGACGCAGCGCUCAGAGAGCAAAAAAACAUAAAUGCGAGAAGUAGCUCCUCUGCUCAGCUGGCUCCCGAAGACCGAAGGUCUGGCCCAGAACAGCACUCGGCCCAUCAGCCCGCAACCCUCCCCUGGGCGCAGGGCGGCAACGUGCACAGGGACGGCCCCGGAGCGUUCCUCCUAGACCUGCACAAUUUCCCCGACCUCUCCAAAGCCGACAUCAAUGGACAGAAUCCCAACAUCCAGGUGACCAUCGAGGUGGUGGACGGACUGGAGGGCCACGAGCCGGAGAAGGGCCUCCGUAAGGAGAGCAAGCCCAGCUGGGCGUCUCCUAACUGGAGAAACUGGUGGCCUCACACUUCUUCUUCUUCUUCUUCUUCUUCAUCCUCCUCCUCGUCCUCCACUCAUCAAGCAGAGGAGAACGAGCGCUCGUACGGGAGCAACACUCAGGACAGCAACUUCCUCAGGCCGCCAGCGGACUGGGACAGGAGGGGAAGCAAGUCUCAAACUGAAUAUGAUUAUAUGGACGGAGAGGGCGACUGGAGUAACUGGUCAGCUUGCAGCGUCACUUGUGGAAAUGGCAACCAGAAGAGAACCAGAUCCUGCGGUUACGCCUGCACAGCCACCGAGUCCAGAACUUGCGAUAUGCCCAACUGCCCAGGUAUUGAAGACGCCUUCAAGACGGCGGCUACUGAAGUGAGCCUGUUAGCAGGAACAGAUGAGUUCAAUGCCACGGAGCUCUUUGGUGUUGACACGGACAGCUGCGAGCGAUGGAUGAACUGCAAGAGCGACUUCUUGAAGAAGUACAUGGUGAAGGUGGCGAACGACCUCCCCAGCUGCCCUUGCUCUUACCCGACCGAGGUGGCGUACAGCACGGCAGACAUACACGACCCUCCCACGCGCCGAGAUUUCCGCUGGAAGGACGCCAGCGGGCCGAAGGAGAAGCUGGAGAUCUACAAGCCCACGGCCCGUUACUGCAUCCGCUCGAUGCUGACCCUCGAGUCCACCACGCUGGCCGCGCAGCACUGCUGCUACGACGACCACAUGAAGCUCAUCACCCGCGGCAAAGGGGCGGGGACGCCCAACCUCAUCAGCACGGAGUUCUCCGCCGACCUGCAUUACAAGGUGGACAUCCUGCCCUGGAUCAUCUGCAAAGGAGACUGGAGCCGCUACAACCAGGCCAGGCCGCCGAACAACGGGCAGAAGUGUCCGGACAGCCCUCAGGAUGAGGACUACUACAAGCAGUUUGAAGAGGCGAGGGAAUUCUAGUCGGCUGCAGAGCGGAGGAAAUGAACACACGCUGCUUAAAUAUUCAGCUAAACCCGCAAAAAAGGGUGCUGGAACCAUUUCUAAUUCUUGUCAUAGAUGAACUUUUAGGCUCUGAGGAAAGACUCAAGUCUCUUUUAAACAAAGAGGAAUUAAAAUCCAACAGAGUCAGAAUCUCUAUUCGCUGAAAAGGAACUCUCGACUUCACCAAAACCAUUUUUAAAAAAGGUUUUUAUAAAAAUAUGCCUCUGAAAUUUUGUUUCCAAUUGUGACAGAUUUGAAAGGGAGAAGUGACUUAAUAUUCUAAAAAAAAAAAGGGAAAAUUAUUAUUGUAGGAAAUGUCCAUUUAGAUUGUGUCCCCGUAGAUUCUCUGUGACGAGACGAGAAGACUUUGGUAAUAGAAUAAUGAGAUCCCCACCAGGAAUGUGCCAGGGAGGGACAUUUGUCAUUCACAGUAUCCAGGUUUCCAUAUAAGUGAGUAUGUUUAUUUAGCAUGCAUUCAUUUUGUGUAAUUUAACUGUGUCCCUCGUGUCUCUGAGGCAGAUCUUCAUUGUACAAAGCCUGCAUUAUUUUUGUAAAGUAUUUAUUAAGUUGUAGCUGUGUCAGAGUAGGGGCGUCUAUGACUGUAGAUUCACACGGGGCUGACCCCCUAACUUGAGGCCCCCUCCGUAGUUCCCACUUUGCACGUCAGCGUGCCGUGCCUCAAGUUAGAGCGUGACGAACGUGUGAAUUCAAAUGUACGGAAAGAUUUUUUGAGAUAUAAAUCUAUAAAUAAAUUUUUUUUAAAAGUC